GUGGGUUGUGGGGCACUUCUUUGUUUCUGGGACGACGCUCCCUCGCUCUUUGCAAUCAUCGGGCGCGCGCGCGCGCGAAGCCGCGGAAUGAGAAGGAAGGGAAGGAAGGGCCGAGGGAAGAGGCGGAUGGAGUGAGAGAGGCGUGACAGCCGAGAAAUUGCGUUGCUUUUGGAGGGCCGAGUGCGUCGGCGAGCGAGCCGUCUUGCUGCUGCUGCUGCGUGCCAGGUUUGUUCGCCCCCGCCCCGGAUGAUCCCUUUGCUUUGCUUUGCUUUGCUUGGCCCAUUGCUGCAGGCAGCGUCGCGUGCUUCGGCGGACUUCCGUUUUGUGCCCGAGGGUUUUUGGGUUGUGCCAAGAUUGGGCGCGUGCACGUGUGUGAGGGGUUUGGCGCAAUUGCGGUCGAUGGCAGGUUUCGCGUCAUCGGACAGUUAUGUAGCCGUUUCCUGCUUCGGUGGCUCGCUCUUCUGCCUGCCUCCGCUUCUGCGCCUGCGAUUCUCGGUAUUGGUGCCGGAAUGUUGUGCCUUUGAGAUUCGUGACGACCAAGAAAGCCAUUGGUUAUCAAAGUAAAGCGUGUAGUUUUUUUUUUGCAACUCCGUCCCCAUGGCCGUGGAGCCAGACCUGAAUAGCGAGGUGUACCGGGAGUUCGACGUCCGAGUGGUGGACAACGAGGAGCGGUACUUCUGUUUGCUUCCGCCUUGCGUAGACAAGAAUAAGUCGCUGUCGAAUCGGCAGCAUUGGAUCACGCACAGAAAGUUUGUACACAAAGAGAAGGACAACAUCAAUCUGCCGAGCGGUCGCGUGAUUCGGAAAUGGCUGACUGAAAGGGCAGGUUAUCAACCACUUGGUCGCGUGACCGCGUCCGUGGAUCGUCGCAUGAUCAGCGCCCCGAGCAUCGAAGAAGGGAACACGAAGACCUACAAUCUUGUCGUGCACAUUUCGGGGCUGAUGACGCAACUGGGCAGUGCCUGGGAGGAACUGGCUCGAGUCGUCCAAGACACCAAUCAAUCCAUACCGCAAGCAGCGCUACCACGGAUCGUGGCCGAGAAGGUGAAGGAGUUGUAUCUGAAUUUGGAGAGAGGGACUGCAAUCGGUGGUGAGUUGCCCAGAAAGCCGGACGAGAGCAAAGGCAGGAAGCGAAGAAGGAAAAGGGAUGAGCAAGAUGUUGAAGGGGACCCAAGAGAAUGGGGAUCGAUGGGGAAGGCAUUGGCGGGUGGGAUGCACUACCCGAAGCUGUUGAAGCCCCUGGAUAGCAGGGAAUCGCAUUCCAUUUACCACGCUCCGCACGAGAACGAGCACUCGUUGGAGGAAGGCGUGCUGGAAGAUAGUCAUGACAUACAUGCAAUGGGGGCAAGAGUGAGCGAUGUUGGAUGGAGCCUGGCAGCACUAGCACCGGGAUUGAGAUCGGACGGGUCCGCGAUGGGAGACGUGGACCGAGGGGAUGGAGACCUGGGUGGGAUGCACGUAGAUAGAAACGACGUAGGGUCCCGGCUGGAGGACUUGGUGCCCGCAAUGGGAAUCGGAAUGGGAUGAUGGAAUGUAGCUUCAGAACUGCAUAUGAUGUAGCAUGUGGGCAUUUGUCGGCUAAGCAUAGGGAUCAUCUCAUGGAGAAGGCGAUUGUAGAGUUCAAGGUAUUGUUAAUAUUAGACGAUGAAGCGCAAGAGAAGUGCUGCCACUGCAGUUCUGGAAAGUGAUUGUAGUGCUUUAAUUUGCGGGUUGGAUGACCUUGUAUAUGAACCCGUUUGUCUUUAUAGAAUGCUCAAGCCGCCUCCUCCGCAUCCAACCUCUGGGAUCCGUUCCCUAUUUUUAGGCAGAUUGUGCAGGCAGGGGCGUUAGGCAGUGGUUGAAGUGGGCAGUGUACUUCUCCAUCAUCAUCAUUAUCCCUAUAAGAAAAGAUUGACACUUAAAUUUUUCUGGAAAUAUUCUUUGAAUCCAUGUAAUAGAUUAUUUACCUAGUAUUCAGGUCCUCGUGCAGAGGGUAGCUCAAUGUACAUCUUUUCUCGA